AUGGCGGCGGCCCCGGCGGAGGCGGAGACCCGGCAGCGGCUGCUGCGUACCGUCAAGAAGGAGGUGAAGCAGAUCAUGGAGGAGGCUGUGACGAGGAAGUUUGUGCAUGAGGACAGCAGCCACAUCAUCUCCUUCUGUGCUGCUGUGGAAUGCUGUGUGCUAUUUGGGCUGAAGAGGAGGGCGGCCGGGUUCCUGCGCAGCAACAAGAUCGCAGCGCUCUUCAUGAAGGUGGGCAAGAGCUUCCCCCUGGCAGAGGAGCUCUGCAGGAAGGUGCAGGACCUGGAGCAGCUCAUUGAGAACGUGCGAAACCAAGCUCAGGGGGUCCCGGAGAAUGUGCGCAGGGUGCCCAAGAUGCCAAACCUGUCUCCUCAAGCCAUCAAGCACCUCUGGAUCCGCACAGCCCUCUUCGAAAAGGUCCUGGAUAAAAUUGUGCACUACCUGGUGGAGAACAGCAGUAAGUACUAUGAGAAGGAAGCCCUCCUGAUGGAUCCUGUGGAUGGGCCAAUUCUUGCAUCUUUAUUGGUGGGGCCCUGUGCACUGGAAUACACGAAGAUGAAGACUGCUGACCACUUCUGGACAGAUCCCUCUGCAGAUGAGCUGGUCCAGAGGCACCGGAUCCACAGCUCCCACUGCCGCCAGGACUCGCCCACCAAGCGCCCGGCGCUCUGUAUUCAGAAAAGACAUUCCAGUGGCAGCAUGGAUGACAGGCCAUCCCUGUCUGCCAGGGACUACGUGGAGUCCCUGCACCAGAAUUCCCGAGCCACUCUCCUGUAUGGCAAGAACAACGUCCUGGUGCAGCCGCGAGAUGACAUGGAGGCAAUCCCAGGAUAUCUGUCCCUUCACCAGACUGCUGACAUCAUGGCACUGAAGUGGACCCCCAACCAGCUGAUGAAUGGCUCCAUGGGGGACCUGGACUAUGAGAAGAGUGUGUACUGGGACUAUGCCAUGACCAUUCGCCUGGAGGAGAUCGUGUACCUGCACUGUCACCAGCAAGUAGACAGUGGUGGCACAGUUGUCCUGGUGAGCCAGGAUGGCAUCCAGAGGCCACCUCUGCGCUUCCCCCGUGGAGGACACUUGCUGCAGUUCCUGUCCUGCCUGGAGAACGGGCUCCUGCCCCACGGGCAGCUGGAUCCACCUCUCUGGUCACAGCGGGGAAAGGGAAAGGUGUUUCCCAAACUGAGGAAGCGAAGCCCCCAGGGCUCCUCAGAGUCCACGUCCGACAAGGAAGAUGAUGAAGCCACGGACUAUGUCUUCAGGAUCAUCUACCCCGGGACGCAGGCAGAGUUUGUUGCCAUUAAUGGUGCUUUUCACCCAUUCAUUGCACCUGUGACUGCUGGGAGAGGGAAGAUCCUGAAGAUUCCAGCUGGAAGCAAGAUGGUGGUGAUCCCUAAAUGGUGUCUGAGUCUCCCUGGCACAUCCCGAGCUCUCCAUGCUGCUCUGGGCACGUCUUGGCAUCAGAUGCCCCAGGACCUGAUGGAUGCUCCAGGGGCUGUCCUGCCACCCAUGUGGCAGCCCAGCACCCGCAAAUCCUCCUGCUCCUCCUGCUCCCAGAGCGGCUCCUCCGACGGGGGCCCCGCCAAUGGCUGCAGCCACGAGAGAGCUCCUCUGAAACUGCUGUGUGACAACAUGAAGUACCAGAUCCUGUCCCGGGCUUUCUAUGGAUGGCUGGCUUACUGCAGACACCUGUCCACAGUGAGAACUCACCUGUCAGCGCUGGUGAACCACAACAUCGUGUCCCCUGAUGUCCCCUGCAGUGCCAGCACGGGGCUCACGGUGGACAUCUGGCACAGAUACCUGCAGGACAGCUCGAGCUACGAGGACCAGGAGCUGCUGAGGCUGAUCUACUACGGUGGGAUCCAGCACGAGAUCAGGAAGGCUGUGUGGCCCUUCCUGCUGGGCCAUUACCAGUUUGGGAUGACGGAGGCAGAGAGGAAGGAGGCUGACGAGCAGACCCGGGCGUGCUACGAGCACACGAUGGCAGAGUGGCUGGGCUGUGAGGCCAUCGUCCGGCAGCGUGAGAAGGAGUCCCACGCUGCAGCCCUGGCCAAGUGCUCCUCGGGGGCCAGCCUGGACUCCCACAUCCAGAGGAUGAUGCACAGGGAUUCGACAGUCAGCAAUGAGUCCUCCCAGAGCUGCAGCUCUGGCCGGCAGAACCACGCCCGGCUGCAGAGCGAUUCCAGCUCCAGCACCCAGGUGUUUGAAUCUGUGGAUGAGGUGGAACAGACUGAAGUAGAUUCUCAUCUGGAAGAUGGCAAACAAAGCAAGAUCCCCAAUGGGACAGUCCCCAACGGGACGUGUUCCCCUGAUUCUGGGCACCCCUCUUCCCAAAACUUCUCCAUCACUUCGGGGUUCUCGGAGCGCAGCUUCAGCAACGAGGACAGUGCCCUGGAAACCACCAAAUCCUCCUCCAGCUCACAGGGAAAGGCUGCUGGGUCAGACAUGCCAGCCCCACCGGACACAGAUGGUGUCCAGCAGGAGAAGCUGCAAGGCCAAGACAGCCUGGAAGGUGAAUUUCCCACUGGUGGAAGCGUGGACUUUGUCCCCAUGGGCGAGGGCUCGGCGGGGCUGCUGCGUGACAGUGACACUGUGGCCCUGACUGUGGUGGAGAGCUGGACAGACAGGGAGGCUGAGAAGCAGAGCCUGGUGGAGAGCGAGGACAACCUCUCUGAGGAGCCAGAGAUGGAGAGUCUGUACCCACAGCUGGACUCUCUGACUGUCACUGAUCUGACCAGCACUGAACCGGCUGCUCUCUCCUCCACGGGUGUCACCUACUCUCCAGAGCUGCUGGACAUGUACACAGUGAACCUGCACCGCAUCGAGAAGGACGUGCAGCGCUGUGACCGCAACUACUGGUACUUCACUCCUGCCAACCUGGAGAAGCUCCGCAAUGUCAUGUGCAGCUACAUCUGGCAGCACAUUGAGAUUGGCUACGUGCAGGGGAUGUGUGACCUGCUGGCCCCUCUCUUGGUCAUCCUGGAUGAUGAGGCUCUGGCUUUCAGCUGCUUCACUGAGCUGAUGAAGAGGAUGAACCAGAACUUCCCCCACGGAGGAGCCAUGGACACCCACUUUGCCAACAUGAGAUCACUGAUCCAGAUUCUGGACUCUGAGCUCUUUGAGCUGAUGCACCAGAAUGGGGAUUACACUCAUUUCUACUUCUGCUACCGAUGGUUUCUCCUGGACUUCAAGAGAGAGCUGGUGUAUGAUGAUGUCUUCUCCGUCUGGGAGACCAUCUGGGCUGCUGCUCACGUCUCCUCUGCUCACUACGUGCUCUUCAUAGCCCUGGCCCUGGUGGAGAUGUACCGGGACAUCAUCCUGGAGAACAACAUGGAUUUUACAGACAUCAUCAAGUUUUUCAAUGAAAUGGCCGAGCGCCACAACACCAAACAGAUCCUGAAGCUGGCUCGGGACCUGGUCUAUAAAGUGCAGACUCUGAUCGAGAACAAAUGA